CAUAAAAUAUCUCACCAAAAAUACAGAUACUGUUGAUACAGGGUUGGUGCAAUUGAACUGUGAGGCGGAUAGCCCCUGACCCUGUUGUGGCAUGCACCGUAGGAACUGGUCCGCGAUUCCGCACUUCUCUCUUCCCUUCACAUAGCCCUGGUCUCUCCGCCAUUCCGCCUGAGGGAGACAAAAAAAUUCAACCGUUCAUGAUUACCCGAAACAAAACCCCGAUCGUUAUGCUCUAGCUGCGUCAGUUUCAAUCGAGUAACACGGGAAACGUCCUUCGCUGGCCAGGGCGUGGCCGAGCGACCAGUGAAAAAAGAGUUCGUUUCGACAAUCUCACGCUCUCUCUUACGCUCUUUCCAAAUUGUAUUUCCCCAUCGGAUCUAUUUAGCUUUAAAGGAAGAAAUGCGAAGAGGCUGCCCCCGAAUCAGAUCAUCGACAAUUCUGCUGCAUUGGGAGAAGUAUUAUUGAAUUUUGUGUGUCAACAGUUAUCACAUUUGACACAUAUGACAUAUAAGGAGCCUGCCAACAGUACUGAGUUAACCAAGCCAAGGCGCAUGUGUGCUGUUGAAACGCACUGCGUAUGUAUAAUUUAUGGUUGCCUGUUCUCUAACUUUGACCUCGUCGGAGGCCGGUCGCUAAAGCGGACGGGGAGGUGAUCUGCAAUUUAGGGGUCGGCAAGAGCCUAUGCUCGCCAGUGUUAGGUCCACUGUUCCAGUCAUUCAGAGAAUUAGGCCGACAAUUGGACCCCUGAAAAUAGAACAGGUGGGCUGGGCUGACAGCUUUGAAGCUCAUGGGCAAAGAUUCCCGAGCAAAGAUCCCCAAGUAAGGGGAGGUGAUGUGUCGAAAUGGGGACACUGGGAGGGAAGGUGACACAAGCGUUAUUUAGCUAAAGAAGUGCCUCCUCGCUGCGCUUCAUAGUAUAAUCGACGUCUGCUUGAAUGAUUUCCCUCGAUGAGCUCCGUGAUUCUGCGUGGAUGAAGCCGCCCAAUUCUCCCCCUCUCCUACCUCUCAACAGCCGCACAAUGCGCUGCAGCAACGCGGUGCUGGUGCGAGCCAAAGCCGUGCUGCUGAAGUUUGCCCCCGUCGCCGUCUUCGUCGGCAUCAUCCUCUACUUCCUCACCUCCUUCUACCCCUCCACACGCACCUUCUCGUGUCCUGUCAGCGCAGCCUCCGCGCCCAUCAACCCCAUCCCCAACCGCGUGCACUUUGUGCAUAUCAUGCCCGACGGCCCCGACUCCGAUAUCAAGUUCAAGUUCAAGCACUUCGUCGCCAUCUACUCCGCCGCCUUCUACUUUGGACCCGACCUCAUCUACAUCCACAGCGACGCCUCGUACGCAUCCAUCGAGCGCGCGCAGAGCGGGCCCAUCGACAAAGCUCCGAGUAAGUGGGCGCACAAGAUCCUCAACCUGCCAGCUGUCGUCGUGCGCCGCGUCAAUGCCCCCGACAUCGCGACGGGGACGGGCGUCGCCAUAUCGCUUCUCGAGCAUAAAUCCGACUUCGUCCGCGCGCAGGCCGUCUACGAGCACGGUGGCAUCUAUCUUGACUGGGACGCGCACGCUUUGCGUGAUGUGAAGCCGUUGAGGGAGUCGGGCUUCGCGAAUGUCGUCGGGAGGCAGAAAGAGGGGCAGGUGAACAGUGGGGCGUGGAUGUCGCGGCCGAGGACGUUGCUGAUGAAGCUCUGGGUCGAGAAGCAGCAUGAGGUGUAUUCGGGGGCCUGGACGACCCAUAGCAACGACCUGUUGACGUCGCUGUCGGAGAAGAAUGGGGAUAGCAGCCUGCUCACGAUGAUUGCUGAGCGCCUGAUGCCAGAGAACAAAGAGGUCCUCAUCCUGGAAAGAGUAGCGUUCGCGCCAAUGGGUUGGAAAUUGAGUGAUGCUUCUAAGCUAUUCAUGCCACACUUGAACGAUGACGUGGAGCAAAUGAAGCGCGAUGCGAAGAAGCCUGACUGGGAGAUUGACUAUUCAACGUCGUAUAUCCUUCAUGCGAGCAUAUUGAAAACUUUGAUCGUGACAAUGGCAUCACGGUCAAGUAUGUGUUGGCGCGGCAGAGCAACUUUGCUCUCGCUGUCUACCCUGCUGUCAAACAUGCGAUGA